AUGACUACCAGUCUGCCUCUCUUGGCGGCCUGGAAACCGGACCCGAACCUCGGUCCGCAACGUUACCACUACACGCUGCACUCCAUACCUGACACCUUUUUUGCGCGAGGCCGCGCAAUAUUCGAUGCCUGCAACCCGGUGCAGCCAGGUCCCGCCCCCAUCGGUCCGACGCCCAUCCCUGGCGGUCCCGCGCUCGCCUCCGGCGGUCGCGCGUUGUCGAUUCUUUUGUCGCCCUCGGACGUGCGGAGUGCAAACGUGAACCUGUCGUUGGCUCACGGACACAGGCCGCUGAUCGGCAGUUACAAGGAGGCCUUCCGCAAGCGUUUCCUGACGAGCAGCGGCGAGGCAUUGUUGCCAUCGAGUGCGAUCCAGGAGUACUUCCAGAAAGUCGACUUGUCGGCGAGUGAGCACCUCGAUGCAGCUCAGGCCGCGGAAGGGGUGAAGGCGGAGUCCGGGGAGUCUGAGGAGACGAACUGGACGCGUUACAGAGACGAGGGGUUGAUUGCGUCGAUUUGUUCGCAGCACCUUCCUUCGUCUUAUGCGCCACAGGUUCGCCCGUUCAGUGCCGCACGUGCGGUGGCUUGGCUGUGCUUGCCGGGUGACUCGGUGGAGGACACGCCGAGUUUCGUGUCAGUAGGUGGGUGGACGCGGUGGACAGCGUUGGCUGAGGCGAUGGCGGAGCAUACACCUCCUGGCGACGUGGUGGUACCAGUGUACAUCCUGAACGGGUCGGGUUUGUCGGCGUUGGAAAUACACUGUCUGGCGGCUUGGUUGAAUUUGGGCGAUUGUGAGUCUGCGGUCGGAGGACGUCUGCAGGGUGUUCGGUCGCGUCCAUAUGGUUUCGGUGAUUAUCUAAGUCUGACGGAUUUGGUAGUUGCCCAGGUCUUGGAGAGUGCGCCGGGCGAGGCGGUUUUCGAGGCGGCCUUGUUGGAGACGGUCCGUGGAUCUCUGGAGUUAGCGGAUUUGUGGGACUGGGUUAAUGGGGGCAAUGGCGGUGCACCGACAAUUCGUUGGCCGGGUGUUCCGAGUCUAGCACGGGCACCAGUGCCUCCUCUGCGUGCACAGGCGGGCACCUUGGUUGGGUUCCUGGGCAGUUUCAGCUACCCUUUCGACUACCGACGGCCACGGACGGUGGGUGCCUUGCGAGCGGAAUUGGGUCGGCGUUUACGGCGGACGUGUUUGUGGGAGCGUUUAUUUGCUCAAGUCGUUCCCUACCAAGCGCAGCACGCUGUUGCGUUGGCAGAUGUGUGUGGUGUGGUGCGAUGCCUGGAGCCUUUUCUGAUGUUGCGUUCACGAGCGACGUUGAGUGCGUGUCGCCCGGCGGCGAGUGCUCGUGCGGCAGAGUCUUUGAUCGCACACUUUCUACAACGUGCGGAGGCUGCGAACCAGUUUGUGGCGAGGCUGCACGCGUCGGAGAAGCUGCGACUAAUGCGCGCCAAAGACGUGCUCUGGCCUUUCGACGCACUUGCCACGUGUACCUGCUUCUAUAACUAUCACUACCUUCUCGAACUCGAACAAGGUCUCACUGGUUCCGCCAUCCCGGACGAGCUGCCGCUCGUCUUCGCCCCUGGGGCCGAAGCCUGUCUGCUUAUGACCCGCGCUAUCCUCGUCUACGCUGCCCUCACCUACCUCAACCCGUCCUACCUUCUUGAACUCGCGCGCCCUGAGUUCCGCGACGCACCACUCGAAGUGGACGAAUCCAGCUGCCGCAAAUCACGCUACUACUGGGGCGCCAGCACACCCAGGUCCCAACCCCGACCGGAGUCCAAAUCGGAACCGGAGUCCAAACCCGAGUCGCGACCUGAACCUGAACCCUCAAUGGCCGUCGAGGAACCCAUUAAGGGUGAACCCGGCGAGAAUUCGUCAAGACACGGCUCAGAGACCCGAAGCGACUCGGCCAAGAGCGAGGAGGGAGUGGUCAAAGGCGAUGCAGGAAGGGGUGACUCGUCGGGCAAGGGUGACUCGUCGGGCAAGGGUGACUCGUCGGGCAAGGGUGACUCGUCGGGCAAGGGUGACUCACCACCAGCGCCGCGGUCAGGUCCGGCUGGGUCGCCACCGGGGCCGCGGUCAGGUCCGCGGUCGGGUCUGAGGCGGAGCACGGAGCGGCUGCCGGACCCGUUGGACUACGUGUUGCGCGUGGAACCAUUGACGAGUGCGGAACAUGCGGAACAGGAGUUGGAAAUGCUGUUGGGGAUCUUGGCUGAGAUGUUGUUUCGAUGCGUUUGUAGUGGGACUGGGCGGCGAGCGUUGUAUUAUGAUGAGCCUGGAGCAUUGGGUGGGACGGAUGCGCAUUAUUUGGAGAGCAUGAUGGCGGGUGGUGCGUUGGCAGUGCAGUGUCACUUGAAGUUGGUCUAUGCGGGAUUAUUGACAGAGCCUGGUUCGAAUGAGCCAAUGGUUGCGUUGCCGAUUCCGACGGCUGAGAGUGAGAGGACUUAUUGUCGUGUGCAUGUGCCAUCAUUGAAAGCGUGUCGAAAACGCGUGUAUGAAAACGUGCUUUUGCUUGGAGCUACUGGAUUCGGCCCAAAUAAAUUUUCUCAUCUAGAUAUAUUGUUCAACGUGAUGAUGACCCUUUUCGAACGGACACAGACCGAGGCUGCCGCCAGUGCUAAGGAACUACUUCGGAGUGAAGGACUCAGCAUCCCGCUCCCUGGUACCGAGCCUAGCAGCAAAUUGCUGCAUCAAGCAGUUGCCCAGAUUCAUACAGCCUGGCAGGGUAAGACCGCGCCCGGCGAGUUCCAGGGAGUUGCGCCAUCCACACCUAACCCAGAUGCGCAGACCAGGAUCACGCAUUGGUUCGAGGAGCGGAAGGCGCAGGCGCGUGAUUUGUUGGGCCAUUUGUUCUUUGCGUUGAAGGCGCGGAACGGGACGGUGUCGUUGGCUGCGGAUUUCCGGAACAAGUCGAUCGAGGAAGCGAAGGCGUUGGUGGGUGUGUUGAGUGACUUAGCAUCUGAGUCGACGAAUUUGCCGACGUCGGUGCGAGAGAUUCCGUACCAGUUUGGCGUGGAGGAUUGUUGUGUGUUACCUUUCGGUCAGGCGGCGAUUCGUGCAGUGUUGGACGAGUUGGGUCCGACUGUGCGGCGUAAUCUGGAGGAGGGUUUGGACACCCUGGCAGGGUUGCCGGAGCCGUAUGAGGUGGUGGUGGUGAGUGCUAGGCCUGCGGUGAUUUGUGCUGGCAACAUUUGCGUGCACAGUUAA